CAUAUAACGGUGCGCAUAGACAAAAGUGGAGUUUCGUGGCAGUCGUUUGCAGUAAGUCGCACAUUCCGCAGGUUUCGGUCGCCUAUUCCCGACACUGUUCACUUGGUUUAUUUGAGGCCUCCAGCUAAAUACUAAAAACUUUACGAAAAUGUUUGCUGCCAGAUUGAUCGCCCCUGCUGCCGUCAGAAGCGCCCUGAUCUCGAACACUAAACAAUAUUUGAGGCCGUUGAGCAGUGUGGUUGCCCAAAGUCAAUCUUUAGUUCAGAGCCCAAUUGUACAACAACACCAGACAAAACCAGCUUUGUUACCUGCGAUACGCGGAUUCCAAACUUCACAAGUUAGCAGGGACAUUGAUUCUGCUGCUAAAUUUAUUGGUGCGGGUGCUGCUACCGUAGGAGUUGCCGGAUCUGGUGCUGGUAUUGGAACAGUGUUCGGCUCCUUAAUCAUUGGUUAUGCCAGGAAUCCAUCGUUAAAACAACAACUUUUCUCGUAUGCCAUCUUAGGUUUCGCCUUGUCUGAAGCCAUGGGUCUGUUCUGUCUUAUGAUGGCGUUCUUGCUGUUAUUCGCUUUCUAAAUACGCUCACUGCCGGGGGCUUCGUCAAUAACAUUUAUUAUAAUAUACAUAAAAAUACCAUAAGAUCGAACAUCCGAGAAUUACAAAAAAACCAACAUCAGCAUCGGUGAUCACCAUCUAGUAAAUUCUUAAUUUUAAUAAUGAUAAUUUUCUUUUUGUUUCUAUCCUAACGUCUGCAGCAACAGAACGGAAAUAAAUCCUUUAUUAAUUGUUCUAAAUUGGGCGUCGUCUUUAUUAUUUCUUUUUUUUUUUGUUGAUUGGGUUCACAAAACAGGGGGCGCGUGUCGAGGGGGCUUCGCGAUUCCUUUUGUUUCCCCAAUUUCUCAAAAAAUCUGGUAUCCAGUGACUUUUGGGUAUUUUUUUCUUAGAAAGAGGUGCCGCAUGUACUGUUUUACUUUAACUAUGGAAGUCAUCAAUAAAAGAAUGUUUCUGUUAAAA